CAGAAAGUCAGAAAGCACUGCGGCACUACCACUAGUGGAGGUAGCUUGUAACUCUAAAACCCUUGCCACGUCUUCCCCCAACGAACAUCUCUGUUCCUCCACCUAUGGCUUCCAGGCGUUUGAGGGCAUUCAAUCGGUGGAUGAAAUCGAAGGGUUUCCAGUGGAGCGAUGCAUUGGAGUUUGUGGAUACACCUGGCGAGGGAAUAGCGGUGAGAGCUUUGUGCCAAUUGGAGGAAGGUGAUGUUGUGGCCAAAAUGCCAAAAGAAGCUUGCCUUACCACCAAGACUAGUGGGGCACGUGAGAUCAUUGAAGAGGCUGGUUUGGAUGGUCAUUUGGGGCUUGCAUUUGCCAUCAUGUAUGAGAGAAGCUUGGGUGAGGACUCACCUUGGUAUGGAUACCUUCAACUCUUGCCUUACCAAGAAUGCGUGCCAAUUGUUUGGACCCUCAAUGAAGUAAACGAGCUUUUGUGUGGUACCGAGCUUCACCAGACAGUGCAAGAAGACAAGGCUCUGAUUUACGAGGACUGGAAAGAGAAUAUUCUCCCCCUAUUGGAUUCAGCACCUUUAAAGCUAAACCCGAAAUUCUUUGAGAUAGAACAAUACUUUGCUGCGAAAAGUCUUAUAUCUUCUCGAUCCUUUGAGAUUGAUGAUUACCAUGGUUUUGGCAUGGUUCCCUUGGCAGAUCUAUUCAAUCAUAAAACAGGUUCAGAGGAUGUGCAUUUCACUGCUAUGCCCUCUAAUUAUGAAUCAGGCAGUGAUGUUGAUGGUAGUAAUAAUGAUGAGGGCAUUGUUAAGGAAGAAGUAGCAUUGGCUCAAAAUUCCUCUACGGAUAUGACUGCGUCAAUUGAUGCUAAUGUUGGGAACAACAUUGAUAGUGGUUUGGAGAGUUCUUCAGUUAGCGGAGAUGAUACUUCUAUGUUGGAGAUGAUUACGAUAAAAGAUGUCAGUAGUGGAACUGAGGUAUUUAAUACUUAUGGGCUAUUGGGUAAUGCUGCUUUGCUUCAUAGAUAUGGAUUUACCGAGAAAGACAAUUCUUAUGAUAUUGUAAACAUAGACAUGGAGCUGGUACUUCAAUGGUGUUCUUCAGCUUUUUCUGAUCGCCACAGUAGAGCGAGAGUUUCCCUUUGGAGAAGGUUAGGCUAUUCUGCAUGUGGCAGCCAAGACUCUGAAUAUUUUGAGAUCUCAUUUGACGGUGAACCACAAAUUGAACUCCUCAUUUUAUUACACAUCAUGUUAUUGCUAGAUGAUGCUUACCAAAAGUUAGACCUAUCGGUAUCAGUUGCUGGGAAUUGUCCUGAAUCAAAUGGUGGAACUACCCAUCUGAAUGGUAAUAUCUUUCCUAACGAAGUAUUUAAUAUGAGCAAGAAGUCCUUGCUGUCCAAAAGGGUUUGUGAUGCCCUGUUGUCGCUAGCUGACAUGAGGGAGAGUCUCUAUGGUUUGAAUUCAGUGGAAGAUGAUAUUGAAGCAUUGGAAAGGUGUAGUUUAGAUAGAGAGAGGAAACUGUAUCAUUCUUUGGUGCUGCGCAUCAAUGAAAGGAAGAUUCUUCAAAAGCUUAGAAAUUAUGCUUCGCAGCCAUUUGAAAUCAAUAAGCAUAGUUCACCUAGGAAGAAAUUGAAAAGGACAACAAAGAAAAAGGGUUGAUUUUUUUGGCAUUCACUUUGUUUUAGUUUUUCAUGAGAUGCUAUAACUUAUAUUUUGGUGCACCCAGUCAUUGGCCUAGGAAAAAGUAGCAUAGAAGCCGCUCAUUUGUCACAUUGGAUUUUUGUCAGCAAUAAAAAUGAUUUAUCAUUUUUCUUUUUCAUUAA